AUGGCGUCGCUGCAGCCAGUGGCUGUCGUCACCGGCCAGAUUGACGGGGGCAGAGAUUCUGCUGUAUCUUCAACGGGCCGAUCGCCGGCCAAGUCGCUGGAGUUCACCCUGAGGCAGUAUCCCUGCGCAAAGAUGAAGCUCGACCAGCUGUUUCUGGAGUGGCUGUCCAUGCCCGAGUACGAGAAGGUCAUAAUGACGGUGCUGGACAACGCUAGGCAGGGCAAGCAGCUGAAGGCGGGGAUCGACGAGGGCGCCAAGGUGGGGCCCGCGGCCGCCGCCCCCACCAGCGUGCCACCAUCCUCUCCCACCACCCAGAUCUCGCCCAAGAAGGCGGCCUCCCCACCACAGAAGCCAGCACCCGCAUCAUCCCAGUCCAGGCCACCCAGUCCCGCUCCCAAAGGAGACACUGCAGAGGCUGGGGACACUGCAGAGGUGAUUCCCCAGUUCUAUUUCCCCACCGGUCCACCUGUUCCUGAGGCGAUUGAGGCAGAGCACCAGGCAAAGGUGCAGGCCCUGUUUGAGGGCGCCCCAGAUGGCUUGUGUGCUAAAGACUUUGUGAAAGUGGUCAAGGAGGUGGUGGACCUGCCGGGCUUCAUGGCCUACCCCCUGUUUGCCAAGCUCAAGGCAGGCACUCCUGCAAACCAGGCCCUGCUCACAAAGGGUGAGUUUGAAGAGUGGUGGAAGUCAAACCACAUUGCCUCCAAGGACAAUGUGUCACGGCUGUACGAGGUCCUGUGCACAAAAGGCAGUGAAUAUCUGGUGCACGCGAACUUUGAGCCCCUGCUUAGGGCGGUGGUGGACCACCACCCAAGCCUGGAGUUCCUAGCCGAUCACCCUGAGUUCCAGGAUCGCUACAUGGAGACGGUCAUUUACCGCAUAUUUUACCACCUCAACCGCUCUGGCACUGGCAAGCUGUCUCGGAGGGAGCUAAAGCGGAGUGAUUUUCUAAGUGUACUGGAGCAGCUGGACACAGAGCCAGACAUCAACAGGGUGACGCAGUACUUCUCGUAUGAGCAUUUUUACGUGAUCUACUGCAAGUUCUGGGAGCUGGACACGGAUCACGAUUUCCUGCUGGACAGGGAGGACCUGGUUCGCUAUGGGUGCCACAGCCUGACGUACCAGAUCGUGGACCGCAUCUUCGACCAGGCGCCGCACAGGUUUUUCAGCAGGGUGCAGGGCAAGAUGAGCUACCAGGACUUUGUGUGGUUUCUGUUGUCUGAAGAGGACAAGACAACACUGCCCAGCCUGGAGUACUGGUUCAAAUGCAUUGAUCUGGACUGCGACGGUAUAUUGGGUCCUUACGACUUGCGACCAUUCUAUGAUGAACAGCUACAACGCAUGGAGAACUCUGCCUGUGAGCCAGUCAUGUUUGAAGACGUCAUGUGUCAACUGCAUGACCUCCUACAGCCUCAGCAGGAGGGCCGGUUCACAAUCAAGGACCUGCACAUGCGGCGUGAGAAUGCGGGAGUCCUGUUCAACAUUUUGUUCAAUUUGCACAAAUUUCUUGCGUUUGAGCAUCGGGACCCUUUCAUGAUCCGUGCAGAGCAGGAGAGCAAACUGUCAGACUGGGACCGAUUUGCACAGCAGGAAUACGACAUUCUGGCAGCGGAGGACGAGCAAGAAGUGUCUUUACGGGAUGGUGCUGAUGUGCUUGCAUCGUCAAUCUCCGAUAAUUUCUGA